AGUUUUCAUUACGAUGUCGCGAUCAACUCUACUCCUAUAGUACGUGGUAACAUUUGAAUAGUGUUUGUGAGGUGAUAAGUUGUAGUAGUUGGUAGCAUCAUUUGUUCGCACGAUGGCGUCCGGCGGUGAAAAUACAACAGAAGAAAGAACCGAGCCAUCAGCUCCGGCACAACCCCUCACCAAUGUUGUGAGUGAAACAGCGCACAGGAUACUAGCAAUGAAUAAGGAUUCUGAUCUAUCUGGUGUACCGCCAAAGAAAUCUCGAGUUGAAGUACAAUCUCUACCAACGAGACAAUACUUGGAUCAAACCGUAGUUCCAAUUUUGUUACAAGCACUGUCAACCCUAGCUAAGGAAAGACCUGCUGACCCUAUUAGCUUUUUAGCAGGAUAUUUGUUAAGGAACAAGAGCCAAUACGAUAAUGGUGAAUCUCCACCAACUAGUCAAUGAACUGCCUAUCAAUUUCUAAGUUGAUGAAUUGUUUAUAAACAUUUACUGACUUUUUAUAGACACUUAUUGAUAUAGGGAAAUAUUUAAAUUGGACAAGGCGCAUUUGUGUAAUUUCAAAUUAAAUAAAAUAUGUAUUAGCUUUUUUA